AUGGGGGUGAUCAAGGAUGGCACAAUCUCCGGAGUCCUACCGGAGCCUCAUGGAUUUCUGGUGCACUAUCCUGGUUAUCCAUCUUCAACCUCUCGUGCUAUUGACACACUGGGUGGAAUUCAAGGCAUCCUUAAGGCUCGCAGUUCACAAUCAAACAGAUUAGAGCUCAGGUUCCGCCCUGAAGACCCUUAUUCUCAUCCUGCAUUCGGGGAGCGUCGUCCCACUAAUGCUUUGCUUCUGAAAAUAUCCAAGAAAAAACUUACUGAUGAUGAUGGGGCCAAAGCUUCUAAUAGCAUGCGUGGAAUGGAGCAUGGGAUGCAAGAAAAUCAUGUAGAAAGUGAGCACGGAGCUGCUGACAAAAUAGAUGAAAAGGAAAAUCUCUGUGCUGAUAUUGUUGCUCAUGUUCCGGAGGCUUAUUUCUUUGAAGGAAUGGUAGACUACCAGUAUGUUGUUCCUGUCCAUGCGAAUGUUGCAAAGAGGAAGAAGAGAAAUUGGUCAGAACCAGAAGAAACACAUUUAGCUAAGGGCAGUCGUAUAGAUGUGGAUCAUGAAGACAUUAUGAUCAUAGUACCUCCAAUUUUUUCUCCAAAAGACAUGCCAGAAAACUUAGUCUUGAGACUACCUACUGUGUCAAGUUCAAAAAAGAAAGAUGAUCAGGAAAUUGCACAGCCCCAUUUUGAGAUCGGCAGGGAGCCAGUUCUUGCACUUGAUUUUCACAUUAAAGAUAUCCUACUCUCCAUUAUAAAUUGGGAGGAAUACAUACCAAAAGGCUCAGAUCAGUGGGAGUCACAAAUGGCUGUAUCUAGAUUGUUUGAUGAGAAACCUAUUUGGUGCAAAAACUCACUUACUGAACGCCUGCUCAGUAAGGGCUUAAGCUUUUCACAUGGCAUGUUUAGAAGGCUUCUAUCUAGAAUUGCUUACUACUUUUCGAGCGGACCAUUUCUAAGGUUCUGGAUAAAGAAAGGAUACGAUCCACGCAAAGAUCCUGAUUCUCGCAUUUAUCAAAGAAUUGAUUAUCGAGUACCAGUCCCAUUGAGAAGUUACCUUGAUACUUACACGGCCAAUAAAUCGGAACAUAGAUGGGGGGAUAUAUGUGCCUUCCGUGCUUUCCCAUACAAGUUCCAGACAUCUUUACAGUUCUUUGAGCUUGUUGAUGAUUAUAUUCAAGUUGAAAUAAAUAAGCCUCCAAUGCAGGGAACUUGCACCUUUGAAUCUGGGUGGUUCUCACCCCGAAAGGUCAAUUGUAUUAGACAACUUCUUAUGGUGAGGUACCUAUCAGUAUUUCCCAAACCUGGCGUACAGAGUUUACUCAAGGCUGCUACUUACAAGUUUGAGAAAAUGAAGAAGGAGUGCAAUAGGAUCACUAUGAAACUUGAUGGAGUGGAAUCCCAGCAAGCUAAUACAGGCUUGGAAGAAAGUGAAGAGCCUGACAAUGUUGAGGAUGAGGACAGGGAGGCAGUUGAGGCUAAUGAUAGCGACGAGGAGGAAUCGGAAGAAGAACUUGAUCUGUUCGGAGAUACUGAAAUGCCUCUGCCGUCUCCUUCUCGUCUCAAUAUUUCAAUGACUCACUUACAGGAUCUAUUUGGUAGCUUUCCAUCUGAUGAAAUUGACGGCAACAAAGCGCCGGAAAAUGGUAGUGAAGAAGAAUACCAGAUAUACGAGGAAGAUAGUGACAACUACUCGGAAGAAUGA